AUGCUCAAUAGUAAGAAAUACGAAAAUUUGAGCAAGUACGAUUUGAACUUAAGUAAAAAUGAUAUAAUUAAAAAAAAGAAAAAAAAUGAUUUAAAGAAUAUUUUGUUGUUCCCUUCUUUAUUUUGGUUCAACGGGGUGUUUUCACCUCCCAUACCUCUUUUUAAAUAUGACUAUGGCAAUACUUACAAUGUUAGAAUAAAAGAUUAUGUAACAUGUUCAGUUCAUAAACAUAGUGUUAUUAUAAGAAGAAUUCGUAAAAAUGAAAUAUUAAGCAUUAGUAUGUUCAAUGAUAAGAAAGUUUUAUCAUGUUUAUUUUACAUCGAAAUUGGACAACUUUUGGAAUUAGCUUAUUUCAGCAAAAGACCUUUUUCCUUUCCACCCUCUACUGCUUUUACAAAUGAAAAGGGAGACAAGGAAGGGGAAAAAAAAGGAAAAGAAGAGGGGAUGCAGGUGGAGGUAGUGGAGAUGGAAAACAAAUCAAUGCAUGUAUCACCAGGGCGAAAAACAAAUUAUCAUCUGUUUUGUUACAACGAAAAGAAUGAAAUACAUUUAUAUGAUGUUGAAAAUAACAUAUCCGUUUUAAGUUUCUGUGAGAAAGAACAAAUAACGAGCAUGCAUUUUAAUUUCCUGUACAUAAAUAGAAAAAAUAGUUUAUAUAAUAAAUUACAGAAUGAUGUGUAUGAAGGAAAUAUUAAGGUAGUGAAUAUGGACAACGUGGAGAAGAAAAUUGAGCAGAAGAACAGGUACUGCUUUGAGCUGUUACAAGAGAUAUGGACCCGCGCUGGAAGUGGCAGUGAUAGUGGAGGUGAUAGCGGAAGUGGUAGCGGAAGUGGUAGUGGAGGUGAUAGCGGAAGUGAUAUUUUGAAGAGCGUUUUUUAUGCCCUUAUAUAUGGAGAUAGUGAAGGGUGUGUGUACUUGUUCAUCCCUCAGAAAAAAGUAAAAAUAAAAAAGAUAUUAAAUAAAAAUGAAAAAAUUGUUUUCAUCGAAACGAAUGUAAAAGAAUAUUUUAAGAUAAAAAGUAUAAACGAUUUAUUGCAAAAAAUUAAAAAUAAUUGCUACAUUUUUGUAGCAUAUAAAGACAAAAUUCAUAUAAUUAAUUUUUAUAUAUUUGAAAUAUAUUUUGUUGUAAAUUUGGGGGAGGACAAAAUAUUUAGUCUCACUUCAACAUUUAAUUAUGAUUUAGAAGAAAAUUAUUUGUCUUUUUCUACUAAAUCUUAUGUAAAAAUUUUUAAUAUUAAUAAAAGAGAAGAAUUACUACAUAUCGAGUUGAGUGCUCAGCAUUCCCUAGAGAGGGGUAAUAGCAGUUCGGUUAAGAGCGAAGCAGUUAACUCUAACUUGAUGCAAUUGUAUGGGGAUGUUGUUGUAAGAAACAAUAAGUUCGCUUCUAGCAACUGUUAUUAUAACGACGGAGGAGGGGUAGGAGUUUACUGUAAAGCAGAUGGAGUUGCGCGAAUCCAUGCAGUUGAAGCAGAGGAGGAGGAGGAGGAAGAAGAAGAAGAAGAGGAACAACAAGGACAGAAGCAGAAGUUCCAACAGAAACGGCAGCAACAACAGCAGAAGCCUCAAGGACGACAAGAUGGGGGGCCCAUUUGGGAGAAAAUCGAAAAGGAACAAAAGAAUUAUAUAUGCGUUUAUUUCAGUGCAAAGGACAGUAAUAUAUAUAUAUCGAAAGGCAAAGGAAUGAUUUAUGUAUACAAUAUAAGGGAAAAUAAAAUGAUAAACUGUUUUAAUCUACGCUGUAAAUGUAUUUUUUAUUUGUUUUAUUUUACUUUAAGUAAAAAAGAAUAUUUAUAUGUAUAUGACUCGGAAAAAUAUUACUGUUUAUAUCUGAUAAAUGAAAAUAAUAUUAUUUAUAAAACGUUCACAUUAAGUGCUUGGGUCUAUCAUAUAUUAUGCGCUCGUACCAAUAUUUUAUUUUCCUUAGGAAAUGAAAACGUAUAUAAUAUAGACCUAAAAAGAUAUAAAACUGCUUUUUUCUUAAAACCUAUCUAUUACAAGAAUAUGAAUAUUUGUGUAUACCUCGUUAAGCACCCCCAUCUACCUAUCAUAGCUUUUAUUAAUAAGAACCAGUUGUUCGGUUUUUUUUUUCAACCACUUGAUGUGAACGGAGUGGAAGCGGGAAUGGAAGAAGUAAGGUACAAAAGGAAUGAAACUGUUAUAAUACCCGCCAUAAGGGAAAACCAAAAUGUCAUAUCUUUAUGCUGGUUUCUGAAGAGGAAGGAGCUUUUAGUAGCUGACAAACGUUGUAUCAACUUUGAGGGGUAUCAUAACGAUGAAAUGUUGAAUGUUCAAGGGGUUUGUGAGAAUGGAUAUCAUGAAUCCACAGUUACAUCAAUAGUGUACAGUGAAGAUUCAUUACAAACGCGUGAAGAAUGGGAGCAGCAAAAAAGGAAAAGACGAUGUGAAAGACGAAGUGAAACGGAAGCAAUAAUUACAAGCAAAAAAAAAUAUGAACAUGUGCAUAACAAAUAUUACGAUACAUACCUUACUGUGUUAAAUGAAAACGCUUUAUACUUGUACAAUAUUGCAAAUGCAGAACUAAUACAGUUAAGCCAUACGCAUCACGAUCUGUUAAAUAGUACCAUAUUUCCUUUAAAAGGGAGGAAAAAAUUUACUGCUUCAACAAAACUUAAUGAUAUGUAUUAUAUGUUCAUUUUUUCGGAAAACAGUUUACUCAUAUUUGAUGAAAACUUAAAAUUCGCUAGUUGCAAGAUAAAAAUAGAUGAACGCAUAAAUAAAAUGUAUAUACAAGAAAAUAUCAUAUUUAUUCAUUCCAAUAGUUAUGUUUACUUUUCCUUCCUGUGGCCAAUAGUAAUGUGUGCGUACUCAAAAGAUAUACUUACCUCGAACACAUCUACUACUGAACCUAUUCCAGAUACUCAUUGUCACACAAAGAAGUACUAUUACCCCGAGUUCACUUUCACAAGAAUACCAUUAAAGCAGAGCUUAAAAAUUGUUCUCUUUGAUUUUUACUACACUGGAAAUGAUUUAUAUAUCGCUAUUUAUUCAAAAAAAAAAAAAAUCUUCGUUUAUAGAGUACUAAAUGUAUCAGGUACAAGCGAAAGUGUGGGUGCUAGUGCAAGUGCAAAUGCGCGAAACAAUGAUGUAACAAAUAAAAGAGCGGACGCAUGGAGAGAGGAUGAUAAAAAAAAGGAUAAGAUGAAUAUAAAUUUACAAAUAGAUUCUCAAUUAAUUGCACAGUUUCAUAACUUCUACAUCUUCGAUAACAUAAAUAAAGUUGGUAGCAUUUUAUCCAUGAAAUUCUUUUAUAGUGUACCCAAAAAAAAAAUUUACUUAAUUUUUGGCGGCCUCGAGCAGUUUCUAUUCUCUUGGGACUUCCUCAAGUAUCCCAUCGUGCGGAGGAAGUAA